UUUACCAAUAUAAUUUCUGAGUGUCACUGUUAAGCACAAACUAAAAAGUUGUUUGUAAUAUGCCUUUUUUGCGGGAUCUGACCUACAGAAAUGAUUUUUACAGCGCUGCGAUUUCUUGAUCAAUUGAAGCUUCGCGGAGUUACAUCAGUGAGGAAAACGAUGUAAUGGCGGACUCUGGAUUGUCAUAAUGAAAUUUCUUACGAUGACAUGGCGAGUAUCACCGUUAUCGAGCACUAAUUUUCAUCAAGUCGUGAUAAUGGGAUAUAUUAAUAUAUAGUGAUUACUGAUCCCGCAACACGUUUAUUGGAGGUAUCUAAGUUCGAACCGCUGGCUGUGGAAGCAGUGGCAUAUUUAUUUCGGCUCAGGUGGAACAAUAUGGCUUCUGGUGCUACGCCUAACAUGGGCAUUAGGCCUAGUGAUGACCCUAGCCCGACAACUGAGGUGAUACCAUUUGGUUUUACGGAUUAUGAACAGGGUCAUCAUGGACAUUUUUUUGUAAAGAAGACAUUUCAUAAGCCUACAUAUUGUCAUCAUUGUACAGAUAUGUUGUGGGGAUUAAUAGGACAAGGAUAUAUUUGUGAAGUUUGUAAUUUUGUUGUCCAUGACCGUUGCCUGAAGACAGUUGUAUCUCCUUGUUCUACAAAUGCCAUUCAUGUUUUAAAGAAUCCUGUUCCACAUUGCUGGACAGAGCCUGGCCACCUAAAGAGGAAGUUUUGUAACGUGUGUAGAAAGAGAAUAGAGGACAACUGUGCUGUAAGAUGUGAAGGUAAGUUAUUUUGUUUUAACAGUUCAUUAACUCAUUUUUGGAUUAGUCAUGGCUA